AUGGCGGACGUCGACCCCGGCUCCGAGCCGAACCCUCAAAUUAAUCUCCCUCACACCUCCGACUCCCCCGAUGAGAAGACCCCAGUGGAAAGCAGCACCGAGGCUCAAACCACUCCCCGGGUAACGGACGACAAUCCCGCUUCACCGGAUGAAAUCGAGUUAUCCGGCCCCGUCGAGGAAUCCAAUCAACCUCAAGAACCCUUCGAAUCCUCCCAGGGUCAACCCGAGGAGGAAAACAAACAAAAGAAUGGUGAUGACGACCAUUCAGGCACCAACAUUGUGGAGGAGCAGAUGUGCCCCCCCAAGGAUACCGACAAUGCCCCCGAUUCCGCCAAUUCCACCAACUUCCCAGAGCUAAAGACGGAGCCAAUGCCAGAAAUUCAAGAACCCGUCCCCGAAGACAACGCGCCCCCCGUGGAACCUCGAUUGCGAUCCGACUCUCGCUCGACCACCCAUACCUUCAUGACCUCCAAAGGUGGCACGGUCAGCUCCGCUGUCUUCAUUAUCACAGCCCUGGAUGCCAUUGGUGCCUCGCGGGAGGCUCGGAAGAGCAAGGAGCUCGAGGACGCCGUGCAGGUGGCUCUGGCCAGUGUCAAGCAGGAAGGCCAGCAACCAAUUGACCCGGAACUGAUCUUCCGUCCAUUGCACAUGGCUAGCAAGACCCUCAGUGUCCCCUUGCAGGUCACCGCACUCGACUGUAUCGGCAAGCUGAUCACCUACUCCUAUUUCGCCUUCCCCUCCGCCGAGUCCGAAAACGAGUCCACUCCGGAACAGCCUCCCCUGAUCGAGCGCGCCAUCGAUGCGAUCUGCGAUUGCUUUGAGAACGAGGCUACUCCAAAUGAGAUCCAGCAACAGAUCAUCAAAUCACUCCUGGCGGCGGUGCUGAACGACAAGAUCGUGGUUCACGGAGCUGGUCUCCUCAAAGCCGUCCGCCAAAUAUAUAACAUUUUCAUCUACUCGAAAUCCACUCAGAACCAGCAGAUCGCUCAGGGAUCACUGACUCAGAUGGUCAGUACCGUACUCGACCGAGUUCGCAUCCGCCUCGACCUGAAGGAACUGCGGACCCGCGAGGUCGAGAAGACUGCCUCCAACAGCCUUGACGCCCCGGCUAGCGACCAGGGCCAAUUGUCCGAAACCGCAUCUGUCUCUGUCUCCGUGGCAGACCAAUCCGUCACAGAUCAACCGGUCACCAAGGAGCCUGGCGAGAAGCUCACCCUGCAGAGCUUCGAGUCGCCCAAGGAAGUCACCUCGGUCAAUGAUAAUGCGCCGACAAUGGUCACACGGGCCAAGCGUUCCAACACUCGGUCAUUGUCCGGAAUCCCCGAAGAGCGGGACGACGAUAGCUCCGCCGAGGAUGAAGUGGAUGAGAUUUACGUCAAGGACGCAUUCCUGGUCUUCCGUGCACUGUGCAAGCUGAGCCACAAGGUUCUGAGCCACGAUCAGCAACAAGACAUCAAGUCACAAAACAUGCGGUCCAAGCUACUCUCCCUGCACCUCGUCCACUAUCUCAUCAACAACCACACCAACACCUUCACCUCUCCCCUCGCAGCCAUCAAGAACAGCUCGACUAACCCAGACGCCAUGACUCUGCUCCAGGCGGUUCGUCCUCAUCUCUGCCUGAGCCUGAGUCGCAACGGUGCCAGCUCGGUACCCCACGUAUUCAAGGUCUGCUGUGAGAUCUUCUGGUUGAUGAUCAAGCACAUGCGAGUCAUGAUGAAGAAGGAGCUAGAAGUGUUUCUGAAAGAGAUCUACUUGGCCAUUCUGGAGAGGAAGGCUGCCCCAGCUUUCCAAAAGCAAUAUUUCAUGGAGGUCUUAGAACGACUUGGAAGCGAUGCCCGAGCCCUAGUUGAGAUCUAUCUAAAUUACGAUUGUGACCGCACUGCUCUCGAGAACAUUUUCCAGAACCUUGUCGAGCAGCUAUCCCGAUACUGCAGUGUGCCGGUUGUCACCUCCGCCCCACAACAGCAGGCCUUCCAGGAUCACCACGUCAAGAUGUCUAGUGUUGGAGUAGAAUGGCACCAGCGGGGAACUCUACCUCCGUCUCUCACAUCGGCGAACAUCAUGCCGAGCCCUCAACCCCCUAUUCCCACCAUCCCAUCCGAUUAUGUCCUGAAGCACCAAGCCCUGGAGAGUCUUGUGGAGAUGCUACGCUCCUUGGACAACUGGGCCGCUCAGCGCCCGGAAGAACAAAGCCUACAGACUGCCGCGCCCUCCAAGUCUAUGGAUAACUCGCGUGAAUCCCUGGAUACCAAUGUCCUCUUUUCUCCGCGUCCAGAGACUGUCGAAUCGGGAACCGGGCGGUCUACCCCCUUGCCAGAGGACGAUCCUAACCAGAUCGAAAAGGUGAAGCAGCGAAAGAUCGCCAUGAUGAACGCUAUUCAGCAAUUCAACUUCAAAGCGAAGCGCGGAAUCAAGCUGAUGCUCUCGGAGGGUUUCAUUCGCUCGGAUUCGCCGGAGGACAUUGCCACUUUCCUGCUGCGCAAUGACCGUCUCGACAAAGCCAUGCUGGGAGAGUACCUCGGUGAAGGUGACGCCGAAAACAUCGCCAUCAUGCAUGCGUUUGUUGACCAGAUGGAAUUCACUAAACGCCGCUUUGUCGACUCUUUGCGAGGAUUCCUGCAACACUUCCGUCUUCCUGGCGAAGCUCAAAAGAUCGAUCGUUUCAUGCUGAAAUUCGCUGAGCGCUAUACCACCCAAAACCCUACUGCAUUCGCCAAUGCCGAUACCGCCUAUGUGCUAUCGUACUCCGUGAUCUUGCUGAACACGGAUCUGCAUAGUUCGAAGAUGAAGGGCCCGCGGAUGAGCAAGGAGGACUUCAUCAAGAACAACCGAGGCAUUGAUGACAACCAAGAUUUGCAGCCCGAAUACCUUAUUGGAAUCUACGACGAGAUUGCCAGUAACGAGAUUGUCCUCGACACAGAACGAGAACAUGCGGCCAAUGUCGGUAUUCAAACUUCCGCCCCUGCUGGCCUAGCGACUCGUGCAGGUCAGGUGUUUGCCACCGUAGGACGAGAUAUCCAGGGCGAGAAGUAUGCACAGGCUUCCGAGGAAAUGGCCAACAAGACGGAGCAACUGUAUCGCUCUCUUAUCCGGGCUCAGCGCAAGACUGCCGUCAAGGAUGCACUCUCCCGUUUCAUUCCUGCCACAUCAGAACGCCACGUUGGCUCAAUGUUCAAUGUUACCUGGAUGUCCUUUUUGUCCGGUCUUUCGGCCCCGAUGCAAGAUACCCAAAACAUUGAAGUAAUUCGUCUGUGCAUGGAGGGCCUGAAGCUGGCUAUCAGGAUCAGUUGUGCUUUUGAUCUGGAAACCCCGCGGGUGGCGUUCGUCACGGCUCUGGCCAAAUUCACCAACCUUGGAAAUGUUCGCGAGAUGAUGGCCAAGAAUGUCGAAGCCUUGAAGGCACUCCUUGACGUCGCCUACACCGAGGGCAACCACCUCCGCAGCUCAUGGCGCGAGAUUCUUACCUGCGUCAGUCAGCUGGAUCGUUUGCAAUUGUUGAGCGAUGGUGUCGAUGAGGGCUCACUGCCUGAUGUAUCACGGGCGCCAACCUCUGAUUCCGCCUCUCGCAAGUCUAUGCAGAGCACACGCCGACCUCGUCCGCGCUCCGUUGGUGGGCCUACAGCUUUCCGCGUGGAAAUUGCCAAGGAGAGUCGAUCAGCGGACAUGGUUCGCGGCGUGGAUCGUAUCUUCACUAAUACCGCAAACCUAUCUCAUGAGGCAAUUAUCGACUUUGUCCGUGCUCUGAGCGAGGUUAGCUGGAAAGAGAUCCAGUCUUCUGGACACAGCGAGUCGCCCCGGACAUACAGUUUGCAGAAGUUGGUUGAGAUCAGUUACUACAACAUGACUCGUGUUAGGAUUGAAUGGUCUAAGAUCUGGGAGGUGUUGGGUCAGCAUUUUAAUCAAGUUGGCUGUCACUCCAAUACAACUGUUGUCUUCUUCGCUUUGGACUCACUGCGACAAUUGUCGAUGCGUUUUAUGGAGAUUGGCGAGUUGCCCGGUUUCAAGUUCCAGAAGGACUUCUUGAAGCCGUUUGAGCAUGUCAUGGCAAACAGUACUACUGCUGCUGUCAAGGAUAUGAUUCUGCGGUGCUUGAUUCAGAUGAUCCAGGCCCGUGGUGACAAUAUCCGCUCUGGAUGGAAGACCAUGUUUGGUGUUUUCACCGUGGCAGCCCGAGAACCUUAUGAGGGAAUUGUGAACAUGGCUUUCGACCAUGUCACCCAAAUCUAUAAUACCCGCUUCGGCAUUGUGAUCACCCAGGGCGCGUUUCCCGACCUGAUUGUGUGCUUGACCGAAUUUUCCAAGAACUCCAAAUUCCAGAAGAAGUCCCUGCAAGCCAUUGAAACACUAAAGUCGACUGUCGCCAAGAUGCUGCGAACUCCAGAGUGUCCGCUCUCCCACCGUGGCGAUGAUGUCCGGAACUUCCAGGAGGAGGGUACCAACCUUGCCAAGCAACUCACUCGCCAAUCGAAGGAGGAGCAAUUCUGGUAUCCCAUCCUGAUUGCAUUCCAGGAUGUGCUCAUGACUGGUGAUGAUCUCGAAGUCCGUUCCCGGGCCUUGACCUACCUCUUUGAUACGCUGAUCCGCCACGGCGGAGAUUUCCCACGCGAUUUCUGGGAUGUUCUGUGGCGCCAGCUUCUCUGCCCGAUCUUUGUGGUCCUGCAAUCCAAGUCAGAAAUGUCCAAGGUUCCCAAUCAUGAAGAUCUUUCAGUCUGGCUGUCUACCACCAUGAUCCAGGCUCUGCGGAACAUGAUCACUCUUUUCACGCACUACUUUGAUGCACUGGAGUACAUGCUGAGUCGAUUCCUCGAGUUGUUGACCCUGUGCAUUUGCCAGGAAAACGACACGAUCGCGCGCAUUGGCAGUAACUGCUUGCAGCAGCUGAUUUUGCAGAACGUGGCCAAGUUCCGCGAAGAGCACUGGUCUCAAAUCGUCGGGGCGUUUGUUGAGCUCUUCAGCAAGACCACGGCGUAUGAUUUGUUCACUGCCGCAGCCUCCAUGUCGAAGAUCACCGAUACGUCUAGCAUCAAUGGGGACCUCACCAACCAAGCAUCCGAUGCCUCGGCCCCUUCAGAGGACCUGCCCGAUGCCAUGCAGCCUAAUGGAUCGCAGAGCACGGCAUCUCUCCAAGAAACCGGCGAUCCCCCAGUCCAAAGCGAAGCCCGUGCCGAACUCGAAGACUACCGUCCCGCAACUGAUUCUUCGCAACAACCCGCUGCUGUAACGGCGGCGCGUCGGCGCUUCUUCAACCGUAUCAUCACCAACUGUGUUCUGCAACUACUGAUGAUCGAAACGGUGCACGAGCUGUUCUCCAACGAUACGGUCUACGCACAGAUCCCGAGCCCGGAGCUACUGCGAUUGAUGGGCCUGCUCAAAAAGAGUUACCAGUUUGCCAAGAAGUUCAACGAGGAUAAGGACCUACGCAUGCAACUCUGGCGUCAAGGCUUCAUGAAGCAGCCACCGAACCUGUUGAAGCAGGAGAGCGGUAGUGCCGCGACCUACGUGCAUAUUCUCUUCCGGAUGUAUCACGAUGAGCGAGCAGAGCGCCAAAGCAGUCGCGCGGAAACCGAGGCUGCACUAAUCCCGCUCUGCGCCGAUAUCAUCCGCAGCUUCGUCCGCCUGGAUGAAGAGACCCAAAACCGCAACAUCAUCGCCUGGCGACCAGUUGUCGUCGACGUGAUCGACGGGUACAACAGUUUCCCGCAGGAGGGCUUUGACAAGUACGUUGAGACGUUCUACCCAAUCGCGGUGGAGCUCCUGAGUCGGGAUCUGAGCCCGGAGAUUCGCGUUUCCCUCCAAGGAUUGUUACGGCGAAUCGGCGAGGUCCGACUCGGAGUUGCGCCGCCGAACCCGCUGGAUGCGCCGAUCAGUCCGCGGAGUUCGGUGUCACAAAAGAUGCGUCGGGAAUCUCAAUGA